GGUCUGUCUCUGGCCGACAGCUCCGCCCAGCCGGCUCACAGAGAGCCAGCACGUACACGUGAAAAGCCGAGCGCUGGUACACCGAACGAGUCCUGGUCUGCGCCAGAGCGAGUGUAUUCAGACAUAUUACACCAGCAUGGUGGCUGUCUGAAAAGAAAAUUCCAAAAAAAGAAGAAGUAGGAAGAUGGCCCAGAAAGACACGCUUCUGCAUCUCUUUGCUGGAGGGUGUAGCGGUACUGUGGGAGCCAUCGUGACCUGCCCUUUGGAGGUGUUGAAGACAAGGCUACAGUCCUCGGGACUCACCCUCCGGCCCGUCUUCCAGGUCCAACUUGGCACCCUCACUGGGACCGGGGUCAUCCGACCAGGCACUGUUACGCCUGGGCUGGUGCAAGUAUUACGAUCAAUCCUCGAGAAAGAGGGACCAAGAUCUCUUUUCCGUGGUCUGGGGCCAAAUCUGGUUGGUGUGGCUCCCUCAAGAGCCAUUUACUUUGCCUCAUAUUCCAAAUCCAAAGAGCUUUUCAAUGGGAUGCUGGUUCCCAAUAGUGGUGCUGUACACAUGUCCUCUGCUGGUAUUGCAGCUUUUGUUACAAAUUCCCUGAUGAACCCCGUCUGGAUGGUCAAGACUAGGAUGCAGUUGGAGAAAAAAGCCCGGGGAGAGAAAAAGAUGAAUGCCUUGCAAUGUGCCCGCCAUGUUUACAAAACGGAGGGCGUCCGGGGCUUCUACCGUGGCCUGACCGCUUCCUACGCCGGCAUCUCUGAGACCAUGAUCUGCUUCCUCAUCUAUGAGACGCUCAAGAAGCGGCUUGCUGACCAUCAGCUGUCAUCCCCAAAUAAUGAAAAUGAGAAAAAAGCGUCUGACUUCCUACGCUUGAUGAUGGCAGCUGCUUUCUCAAAGGGGUGUGCAUCCUGCAUAGCCUACCCACAUGAGGUGAUUCGGACAAGACUGCGCGAGGAAGGCAGCAAGUACAAGUAUUUCUUUCAGACCGGGAGGUUAAUAGCUUUGGAGGAAGGCUAUGCAGCUUUUUAUAGAGGACUCAUUCCACAGCUAAUUAGACAAAUCCCCAACACAGCCAUCGUCCUGUCCACAUAUGAACUCAUUGUCCAUCUACUGGGAGAGUCCAAGUAAAAAAAAAAAGGCUGUUUGGUGACUUGGGUUUUUCUUUCCAGCAAAUGUUUCAUGGUCGCACCAUGACUGGACACACACAAAAAGUUUGAAUUGCAGCACAUUGAUGUCCGUGUGGUGCCUGAGACACUUCUAUUUUGGAACUGAAGCCACUUGUUCUGUUAUCUAAUGAACACUUUGUUUAUAAAAAGUAGAUGAAGAAGUUGCUAACCUGUGGAACAAAAGGCCAUCUUCUUGGAUUACUUGUGUUAAGUUAACUAAAUUAUUUUGUUUUUUUUUUAUUUUAUGUCUGCUUCCCUUGUAUUAUCAGUGGUAACUGAAUCCACUUACAUGAGAAUGAGGUCGGCUCAUGUACUUAUUAACAAGGGAAAUGAUUUGUAGUACUAGCGCUGUUUGUCACCUUCCAAUGAACACAUACCAUUUUGGGACAAACACAGUUUGCUUUUUUCCAAGUUAGAUUUGAAGAGAAGAACUGUGUUAUAUUUUUGUUUAAUAUAUAUAUAAAAGUACACUUACUUGCUUACCUCUUAUUUUUCUUUUGAAAAAGGAUGGUUACGUUUUAUUUACAACAUGACAAGGUUGGUGCUUAUUGGACAAGUGAGUCAAUAAAAUGCAUCAUGACAUUGACUGUUUUUUUUCUAGUGGCAUAAAUAACAGUUUGCCUUGAUUUAAAAAAAAAGUAUACUUCAGUGUGCAAAGAUAUCAUCAUGAAAGACUCAUUUUCCUUUGAUUUUUAUUAAAUGUACAUUUUUAC